AUGGCAGACUGGGAUGAGGUCCUGGGAGAGGAGCUGCAGGCUUCGCGUAGGCUAGAUGAAGACAUCGCAGCAUGUGAUGCGCAGAGAACGCCUAGCACAUGUGGGUGUGAUGUAGAGAGCGGUCAAGCCUUUGCUCUCCCGAACAAGCCGGCAAUUUGGUCGGCGGUCUUGCUGAAGGCUGCAGGUACGCAUCUGGGAUACGAGGAAGCUGGUGUGUCAACCAGCCAAAGUCCAAGGCUGCAGGUCUUGUCAGGAUGCACUGGCUGCAGCGCCGAGUCUUUCGUGCUGAAGGCGGGCCAUGGGUCUUCCAACGUGGGCCUCCGUAUCGACUUUGACAUCCUGUCUGCGUCCGAGAGCAAUCCUGAGUGCCAGAAGUUCAUUAUUGCCAACCAUUCCGAGCACUUUAAGCAUCUGCGUGAAACAGUGGAGAAGCAAUUGCAGCCCGCCGGGCCAUGUGUGAUUUGUGCCAAGACUGGGAAAGCGUGUGAGGACUUCAAUGGUCAGGUUCGGCGUCAGGCAGAUGUCAUGGUGACGGGGUCGCCGUGCGAUCCUUUUUCAGUGCAAAGAUCCAAGCGGUUCCAGUGCGGUGCAGUCAAAGAUCAUGUUGCCUACCGUGUAACGAUGUCUUCGGUGAUUAACAUGUACGUCAAGCAUGAACCCCACGUCGGGGUUCUUGAACAAGUACUUGGAUUCACAUAUCCUCUGGGCACUACAACUGAUGAGACGCCGUACCAGAGGCCGGGGCCAGCCAGGGUUUUGCUUGUGUGA